AUGGCGCCUCGCGACCAGAGCCCACGCGCAAGCGACAACCGCCGCCCAUACUCAGACCGCCGCGACCACACCAACCCACGAGACUCCCGACCCCGCCGCGACCGCAGCAACUCCCGCGAUCGCGCACCACACUCCUCUCGCGGCGGCGGCGGCGGGAACAGCGGCCGAGGCGGCAGCAACUUCAGAAGCUCCGACCGCGACCACCGCGACACCCGUCAACGCUCUCGCUCACCCACCCGCUCAUCCCAACCCCACAACACACGUCAACGCUCCCCUCCCCGUGCACCACGCGGAGGAGCCAACCCUCGCGAUCACAGAAAGCAAAACGUCAGGCAAGAAGAUGUUGUUGCGCCGAUAGAUCCUGAUGAGGAUGAGGAGACUGCGAUGAAGAGGUUGAUGGGAUUUGUGGGCUUCAGGAGCACGAAGAAUACUAAAGUGCCGGGGAAUGAUAAGCUUUAUGGUGUGAGGAAGGAUAAGAAGACAGAGUACAGACAGUACAUGAAUCGUGUUGGUGGAUUCAAUAGGCCUUUGAGUCCUACGAGGAUGUGA